AUUUCUAUACCACAAGCGGUAACCCCGAGCUUACCAUGCGGCGCUGCUCUGGGGGUCCCUGCAGCACUUACCUUGUCCUUCGUUCCCACGAUGUGUCCCCUGCAGCGUCCCCCCGGCCAUCUCCUCCGGCCGAUGCCGGCAUCCGGCUUCUGUGUUCCGGUCCCCGUGACGUCGGGACGUACGGGCGCCCACCGGCGGGAAAUUUAAAAAAUGUAAAAGUCAUUUAUUUUUUUUUUCAAUUUUAAAUAUGCUUUGCCCUGUGCCCUGCCUGCAUUUUGUCUGUUCUUUCUG